AUGGGAAACGCAGUGUACUUGGCCUCCCCAGUGUCCCUACCCCCCUGGCUAGAGAGCUAUGAGGGCUAUAUCUUCCCAGGCCUUUGCCAGGUACUGUCCUGUCCCCACUUGUUAAAAUGCACCAUCCAAGUCCAGGAAGGGGAAGACCAGUUUCCCCAUUUUUCUGACUCAGACUGCGUCUGCACAGUGCCUCUUCUGGAGACUGGGCCAGCAUGCGCGUUCUGGUUACGUUGCAGAUCAGGGGAAGGGAGACGGUCCAUCUUAGGGAAUUUCCAGAUGGAAGAGCAAAACAUUAGUGUAGAGCCAGCCUCAGUCUCCUCUCUGAUGCAAAUCUGUAUAACUUUUAGGGCUUGGUCAUAA